UAACAGCAAAGUGAGAAAAUGAGAAAUUAUUUGCUCUGAAACUGACAGAUUGUACGUGAAUCUGACCACUAAUCCAAAUUAUUUCUUCUCUGGUGAUUUGGAUUUAGAUGUAUCUAGACUUCAAGCUCUGAAACGUGGGAAAAUGGCUGAGCCAAUCAGCAUACCACCACCAGAAUCAGAAGUCAUUGAAAAAUUCCACGAUGCGGUAUUGUGUGAACCUGCUUCCAGAGAAACAGUAAAGCCAUACAAGGAUGAUGAGGACUUUGAUCCAAGGGAGGAAGGUUACGGUGAUGAUAGUUUUGAUGAAUACAACAGGCCGGCAGAACGGUGGGCCCCUCUUGGCGCUGCUGCUGCAGUGUCUCUGGCCGAUACCAAUGAAGAUGCACUGAGUUGUUUCUCCGAAGAUGCACAGCUGAAGAAGCUGGAAGAAGAACAAGAACAGUUGAACUCCUCACUGCUUGCCCUGACCACGCAUUUUGCCCAGGUUCAGUUCAGACUCAAACAGAUCGUUGCUGCGCCAAAUGACACAAAAGAGGAUUUGCUAAAAGAAUUAGAAGAGUUUGCCUUCCGUGGCAUCCCUGAUGUGAGAGGGUGCCAUAUAGAGGACGCGCUGGAGUUAGAAACUAUGAGUGACAAAGAACACACAGCCAAAAUCAACGAACAGAGACAAAAACAGACAGAGUUGAUAGAGCAGUUGAAGAACCAGCUGGAAGAUCUAGAGAUGUAUGCCUAUGAGACUGGAGGAGAGCAGCUGCCAACAAGCAAAGUGUUGGAGAAACAGAAAGUUGUGAUAGACCGCCUGAGACACAAGCUCCACGUGGAUCUUGAAGACAUGGAUCGUCUGACCACAGAUGAACUCAAGUCUAUUGUUGACAAUGCAAUAGGACAGAUAGUUAAUCCUGCUCGGGUGAAGGAGAAGCUUGUUGAUCAGCUGAAAACACAGAUCACAGAUCUUGAGAGAUUUAUAGAGUUCUUACAGGGUGAGGCAACGUCUCCUGGUCCUUUGGGUGCCACUAUGAAGGCAUGUACAUGUAGUUGUCCUAUGCAUGGCCAACAGGGGAAAGCAUCUGGUAAAGACUGCACUGCUUGUGAUUCUCCACAGAACAGGAAAUCAAAGUUAAAAAAUGUUCGAGAAACUAACAAGAAAGUACGUGAUCAAACACUGACGAUUAUGAAGCGAGCUCUGACAAUUCUCCAGAUCUUUGCUAUCAGUCAGUUUGGCUGCGGAGGACAGGAGUUCCAGAGAAAUCUCAUGAAGAGAACGACAAAGGGAAACCAUUAUGGUGAUCUUCUGGCGCGGUUAGAGAUUGCCAUCGUACGUGUGAGAGAACUUGCCAAAAAAGAGAGUGAACAUUCAGGCCAUGAUAGCGAUUAUACAAGUGAUUCAGAAGAAGUGUUUGUUGCAAAUCCGUUCACUCAAGAGUUGAUGUCGGUGGUGAGGAAGGAGCUGGCUCCUGCACUGAGAGAUCUCAUUCAUCACGGUCUCAUGGAGAUGGGUCAGAGCACGGGCCUGGUGCCAUGGGGAUGCCUCCCUAAACGAUCAGCAAAGGCCCAAAAGAUGAUGCAUGCUUGGGAUCUGUUCAUGAAAUAUUAUGAACUCAAGAAUGGUCGUGAAUACAAUGAAUCUCCAGCACGGAAGCUGUCGCAAUCGUUUGACCUUGACAUUGUUGGUGGGAAAGCAAUAACAGCCAAACAGACGUUACUCGGUGCUAUAGACUCAGUGAUAGCAACACAUAAUCCUCUGAAGAGGUCGGAAGAUUCCAAACUCAAGGCGUUUAUUUGUCUCGGACUCAAUGAAAAGAAAUUAAGCACGUGGUUACGGCUCGUGUUGAAGAACACCACCAUAGUAGAUUACUUCUAUCAGCCUUGGAGUUAUACUGCCAAAACAGGGUUUGAAGAUGCCUUGAAGUCUCUCAGCUUAUUGAAUCACGUCAACUUCAAUCUUCCCAUGGAUAUAUCAGUGCGAAAGAUGCAGAACAUAAAGGAUGCCUUCUAAGACAGUGCCAUCUAGUGAAGCUACGUAGGACUAACUCAAGGUGCCACUGGCAAUGUGUAGCAGUUUGAGUCAUGGUUGAAAUUCAGUGGUUUCGCUUGAUCUGUUUAUUUUGGCAUAUGGUUCAGCCUUGGGUAAGAGUGGCCUUUUUGCCUUAAUUACUUGUGCUUUAGUUCUUAUUUUGCAUGUCGAAAAGAGGGUCACUGGAGUAGAGGGAUGCCAGUCCUGUAAGGGUUCAUCCUGAGUGUUAGUUAAAAAGUAUAGAGUUGCUGUUUGUUUCACCAGCAUGUUUUUGCAGGAAAGGUUUUGAACAAUCAGAUUUUCACCUCAGUCAUGCUGGUCUAUUGUGUUCUAUAUGUUCAGUACCAUUACUUUGAUAACCUAUAUGUACAUGCAGCAACACAUAUUCAGAAAUUCAUGAUUGCUUCAUAUGAUCAGUUGUAAGUGGUUUGUCUCAAUGCUGCAUGUAUGAACCACUGCCAGUGAAUGGCUUAUGAGUUGCUGAGGGCAUCAUAUCCAAGUAUAUGUAUGUCAUCAUGAAUGGGGAGGCAGGCCAACAACCUUUGUUGAAGGCUGUUUGUGCCUUUCUCUAUUCUACACUUUUCCUGUACAAACUAAUUUUUGGACAUGUCUUAGGGGUUACUUUUGAUUUCCUGGUCUACGAAUGUAAUUGUUGUGUAUAUAUGAAUGGCCCGAUUAAGUGAUGACUAAGUAAUGUAUUUUGGUCCUGCCUUUAGCCUGUGUUAACAUUUUUCACUCUUUGCGAGUGAACGAAUUACAAAUUGACUUUUGUUUGUAAAUGAGAAUAUAUAUGUACAGUUGUACAGCAUCCAGGCCUGGUAUGAAGGCCAGCAUCCGGGGAAAUGUUUGCAAUUUUUGUUUAAGUUUUGUAGUGUGUAGUUGUUUUGUUAUAUUAAAUCCAGAAUACUAGCUUCAAGGGGAAGGAAACCUGUUUAAAGUUUGUUAAAAGCCUAGUAUCUAAUUGGUAGAUGCCAGUUUAAUUAUGGUGUGACAGCCAAUCAAGUAUCUUGUAACUAAUCCACUUAACUUUUCCACUAUUUCCAUGACCCUUUCAUUUAAUGCUAAGCUAGGCGAUCGCAUUUAGUUUGAGUUUUGUGAUGUUAUUUUUUUGAGGAGGCAAUGAACAGAGCAUUGCUUGUUUGAAGUUUAAGGUGCAACAUUGGUAUCAAGUUCAAAUUGAAGGUCCACUGAAGACUAUCUUAAGAAUUUGCUGCCUCUGCACUUCGACACGGUCAUGUUUUGUCAGUCAUCUUUUCAAUAUUGUAAGUCAUAGCCACAUGUAUGUCUUUAUCUAUAGUAAAUUGUAUCUCCAUCUUUACUGUAAAACUGUCGAUACUGCUCCCUACUUAGUACCAGAGCUCUUCAUACUGUACUGUUGACAUACAUUUCAAUCAUUUUCAAUCUAUUAUCUAGGAUUUGUAGUAGCACUACAUAAUUGUACUGGUAGUCUGUUUUCCAUAUACUGCCCUAGUUUCAAGGUGACCAUGUGUCAGUUUAUGAUAUCACACUAUGUAUGCUUUUCUACCUCGUAUCUAAUGGAACAUGCCAUUUAUCUUAUGAAAGAUAGGGCAUCAGCCAAGAUAAUAAGGGUUAUUGUGGCAAUUGCAUUAUCACGUUGCCCUGUGGCGAAGUUCCUCCAAUAUACUGUUAGUUAUGUUUUGAAAGAGUGGCAAGUUUUAUACAGGUAGUUUGGCAAUUGAGCAGAAAUUGUUUCUCUUUGAACAUUGUCUUCUUGGAGCAUGUAUGCCUUCCUUUAUACAUGUAGUGGUUGUUCAACUUCGUUUUUGUUUUGAACUACCCCAAGAUCCUGUCAGUAUUCCGUAUGAUGUGCUUUUCUCCCUCUGGCAAUCGGUCAGUGUGUUCAUUCCAAAAAGACCAAAAUGUUCAUUGCAUGUAUUGUGAACAGAACAUGUAUAGUUAAUCUCAAGCCAAGAUUUUAGUUGGACUUGUGUACAUUUCAAGGUGAUUUGCCAUGGGAGCUCAGCCAAAUCGGAGUUUUUGACAUUGCUAUUUGAGUACAUGGAAUUAAAUGUAAUCUUGUACAUGUUGUGACAUGUGAGAAAAUAACAGUUUUUGCUGCUCUGACAUGUGUCUAGAUGUCUAAAUAAUACAACAAAAAGCAUCAGGAUAAUGUUAAUUACUGUAACCUACUUCACUCUUUACAACUAUAAAUCUGUAUUUAUCAUAAAUCAUAUAUUCUAUCAAGUAUAAUCUAUACUUGGUCCCACUAACAUUCCCUGCUCUAGUCACGUCACAGGGUGUCCCAAAAAUGUGAAGGUGAAUUGUCAUUCAGCAGUACUUACCAGGUCAGUUCAGCACAGUCUCACUUCAGUUCCUUUAUUCUCAUUCCAUUUUGUUGCGAGCACUGUGAUUGACUGCAAGAUUCUUGUUGAAAUGAGAAAUACUGCCGAUCAUACUCUUUAUCCAUAUUUUAUUCCAGAAAGGCUUUGCAUUUUUGGGUCACCCUGUAUUACAAGCCAAAGAAGUAAAUAUUAUAAAAUGCUAACUUAUUUGUUGUUGUUGUUGUUGGGAAUACCAAGAAAAAAACAUGGAAAUGUAUAUAAGAUGUGGGUUAUGAUAACAAAGGUGUGUGGGUUUGUUCAUGAAUCUGAAUGAUUAUUAAGGGUUGACCAUAGUCAUAGGCACCACCAUUUUGGCAAGAACUUGCAAUCCUACACGUUAAGAAUUGGAACUCGUUCUAAACAAAGUCAAUGCCAAUUUCAAGGGUGGUAGUCAGUUCUUACCGCAUAUGUGUAUGUUAAGUCCUUCACACUUGGGCUGUGUUGAUGUCACGAUUUCCCAAAAUGUGAAGUGAUUUCAAUCUAGUCCUGUUGAUGGUGGAAUUGCGUAAUAAAGUGACUUUAUUUAGUAU